AUGUACUAUAGAAUCGAUCAGUACACUAACGCGUACAACAAGAUACUAAAGGAAUCAUCAAAUCCGUCAACUUGUCAAUUAGUGAUUUUUGUAUCAUGCUUAAACAUAGAUGCAUUAUGCGCUACCAGGAUGUUAGCAACACUUUUUAAGAAGCAAUUAGUGCAGUUACAGAUUGUACCGGUAUUUGGUUACUCCGAAUUAAAAACUCAUUAUAGUAAAUUGGAUGAAAACAUUAAUAGUAUUAUACUCGUUGGGUUUGGUAGUUAUGUUGAUAUCGAAACAUUCUUAGAGAUAGAUCCUAACGAAUAUCGUGUCGAACAAAUUCGUAAUGAAGCUACGGUUACCAACGAAGAUACCUAUAAAAGACAUAUAUAUAUCCUAGAUAGCCACAGGCCGUGGAAUUUAGAUAAUUUAUUUGGUUCAGAUAUUGUACAAUGUUUUGAUGAUGGUACUGUUGAUGAUUCCUUAGGUGAACAGAAAGAAGCUUAUUUUAAGUUAAUAGAGUUAGAAGCUGAACGAGAUCCAGAUCAAGAUGAACACUCAGAUGAUGAAAGUGAAGAUGACACAGAUAAUGACGACGAAGAUGAAGAAGACAAUAUUUUGGAUAACGGUAAGAGGGCCCAUCCUGAUGACAUCCAAGAUAAAAAACAAGCACGUAAACUAAGAAGGAAACAAAUUAGUAAAUACGAAACUAUUUUAGAAGAAUAUUAUUCCCAAGGUACCACAGUUGUGAAUUCUAUCUCAUCCCAAGUAUAUUCUCUGAUGUCUGCUAUUGGAGAGACUAAUUUAGUACAACUAUGGUUGGCUAUAUUAGGGGCAACAUCUCUAGAUACUACCUAUUCUGCAGUUUACAAUAACUUAUACCCAAUCAUGCAGGACGAAGUUAAGAGAUUAUCACCUGGGAAUGGUCUUCACAUAUCAACAAGAUCGAACGGUUCAAAUUCAGCAAUAAAGACACCAGAUACAUUAUCUCUUGAGAUUCAACCAGAUUAUUAUUUGUUUUUAUUGAGACACUCAUCAUUGUAUGACAGUUUUUAUUACUCUAAUUUUGUCAAUGCAAAACUAUCGUUAUGGAGUGAAAACGGUAAGAAAAGGUUACAUAAAAUGUUCGCAAGAAUGGGUAUACCUUUAAGUACGGCUCAUGAAACAUGGUUGUAUAUGGAUAAUUCUAUAAAAAGAGAGCUCGGUAAUAUUUUUCACAAAAAUUUGGAUAGAUACGGUUUACAAGAUAUUAUAAGAGAUGGUUUUGUUAGAACAUUCGGCUAUAGAGGUUCUAUCAGUGCCAGUGAAUAUGUUGAGUCGUUAGCUGCUCUUCUAGAGGCAGGGUCAACAUUAAAUGCAACGAAUCAAUCCAACUCCUCGGGGACUUCGGUAUCCACCUCAAACAGUAACAUCAAUGGUGGAAGUAGUAAUGGAAUCGAAAAUAACCAUAAUGGUGAAAAAAAUAGCAACAAUAAUAAUAGUGAAUAUGAAGAAGAUACAAUUGAAAAUUCUCGUAAAAAGGCUAUGGCCUCUAUGGAAAAUAUUAGAAAACAGUGGGUCUCGAAUUUUUGGCUCAGUUGGGAUGCUCUCGAUGAAAAAAAUAUUGACAUUCUUUCUAAAGGUAUCAGACAUGCACAGUUCCUUCAAAAAUCUAUAUUUAAUACAGGGGUCACCAUUUUAGAGAAGAAAAUGAUUAAACAUCUAAGAAUAUAUAGGCUAUGCGUUCUUCAAGACGGCCCUGAUCUUGCCAUUUAUCAAAAUCCUUUAACCUUAUUAAGAUUAGGUAAUUGGUUAAUUGAGUGCUGUGCGGAGGCAGAAGACAAGCAGUUGUUACCCAUGGUUUUGGCUUGUUUAGAUGAGGAAACUGAUACAUAUUUGGUAGCAGGUCUAUCACCAAGAUAUCCAAGAGGAUUAGAUACUUUGAGGACUAAAGAACCGAUUCUAAAUAAUUUCAGUAUGGCAUUUCAACAAAUUACAGCACAAACAGGUGCAAAAGUGAAAAUUGAUAAUUUUGAAAGUUCCAUAAUAGAAAUAAGGAAAGAUGAUCUAUCACCAUUUUUAGAGAAACUAACCUUAAGCGGAUUGUUGUAA